AUGAAUGACUCUUUGCUGAUCCGCUUCAGCUUUGACAUUGAGAUGCGGUACUCAUCGCCGCUGGAAAUUGCGUACGCAAUUACUACUCUGGCUUCAAUGACCGCUCAAAGGCACAAGAUCCGACACCCACCUGGAUCAGUAGGCUCUUCUCCCGCCUUCUCGAACUCUCUUGACCGUAGCUUGGAUAGAUCAUAUACGAAGUUCAUUCUUGGAAGCAGUUCAACACAUCUUGGGCGCACCUACCAGACUUCUAUGCUGGUGCUCCGUCUCCUGCUGUCUAGCUACGCUCCCGCCCUCACAGACAGGACGCUCAAAGCAUGCGGACUAGCAUUGUCACUUGGAGUGUAUGCCCAGGUAUCAGGGUCCAUUACGCUGCAACUGCUGCACUUCAUCUUCGGACUUCUACAUAGAUUAGUCCUUCUUCCAAUACAUCAGUUACAUCAAGUUUGUCUCUCCACUAGCACAUGGCCCAGACUCUUGUCGCAGCAGAGAGGUCUUCUGCGACUUCCGUUGCAACGUUUCUGUGCUUCCAGUCCAGCUCGAGGUCUUGUCUGGUCUCGAGAACAUCUGCUGAACAUCAAACGAAGCUGUGAGUUGGAUCACAGGAAGUCUCGGCAAAUUCUGGAAGCAGCCGUAGUGAAGCAGAUUCGUAUGGCAGCCACACCAAACCCAGCUUCAGCUGCCAGCGCAAGGACAAAAGCGACCUUCUAUCCAAACUUCAGCUUCUUCUCAACAUCAAACACAAUCCGGCCCCUCCACAGCACCAAGCACUGCUCAACUACCCAUCAAGAACCUUCGACCCCAGAAGCAGCCAACAUGUCUGCCAUCAAUCUCGCGCCGCGUGAGCACCAGAUGUUGCUUGCCAUUGGCAAGUAUAUCAACACCUCUGCCGUACGUCACGCCUCAAUGUCAUUUACCUCCGUCGACUGGGAGGCACUCGCCCGUGACCUAGAGUACAAGACCGCCAAAGCCGCCCGCGACAAGUGGUACCCGCUGCGUGACAAGCUGUUCGGCAAGCAAGCAGCCGGCGGCGGCACGAAUGGUGCUUCCACUCCGGGCAGCAAGAAGAAGGCUACGCCCACCUCCCGCAAGCGCAAGAACUCGUACGCUGACAUGAAGAUAGCCGACGACGACGCUACGCCGAGUAAGAAGAAGACUCCGAAGAAGGCGUCCAAGAACCAGCCCGAGUUCGACGAGGACGACGACGAGGAGAAGGGGAAGCACGCAGUCGUUAAGCCAGAGCCUGGUAGCGAUGAGGAUGAGGAUGGCCUCGAACUCCCGACAUUAUAA